AUGCUGGGGCUCGGCUCCGCGGUCACAGUGUCACAGCGGGGAUCGCUCCCGCUCUCCCCCGGCUCCGUCGCCUCCCGGGGCGGGUGCGGGACCUGGCAGCGCUUCCCCGGCCACCUGCGGCCGCCGCCGCCCGCCCCGGCCGGCGCGGGGAGCUCCCGGCGCUCUCAUGCAUCUCCUUUAAAGGCCUUCUGCGCUCGGGCUCGGCCCCGGCCGCUGCGAGCGCCGCAGAUGCGGCUGCUCUGCCCCGCGGGAGCCCCGCAGCACCGACAGGGCCGAGCACCAGCAUCUCCCCGCGCCGCUCGGGAGGAGCUCAGGCAGGUAACGGUGUCCCGGGAGCGUUCGGGCCGAGGGAGAGCCCGCCCCGGCUUCUCGGGGGGCUCCUGGUGCUGCACCAGCCGUGAGCUCUCCUGGAGCCCGAUGAAGCCGCUCGGAGGGAGCUCGGCGGGACAGGAGGAGGAGGAGGAGGAGGGACCGGGACCGGCCCCGGGGCGCCGGCGGCGGCAGCGGCACCGGGCGAGCGGCCGGCCCAGCCCCUCGCCGCGCAGGGAGCAGCAGGCAGAGCGCCCCGGGCUCCCCCCGGCUCCGGAUGAAGGCAGGAUGAGCAGUGCCCAGGGACAGCCGGGUGGGGAUUUGGAUUUGGAUUUGGAUUUGGCCAGGAACGAGCAGAGCGUGGAGCAAACCAGCCAGGAGCCGGGCAGGGCCGGGCAGGAGCAGCCUGUGCACCCUGGGCACAGUGACAGCACUAAAGGAGGCGAGGAUGCAGGAGCCCCGGAGGAGCCGCUGCUGAGCCUCCCCAGUGAGCUCUCCGUGCUGGACAGGCUCGGCUUGCACAGGGUGGCUCUGACCGAGCAGGAUCUGGAGGCAGCCUUUGCCCACCUGGCCCUGGCUUUCCGCUGCGACGUGUUCACCCUGCAGCAGCGGGUGCAGGUGGAGAGACGGGCAUGGGACGCAGCGGAGGAAAACAUCCAGGAGGAGCUGGGGCAGUGCCGGGCUGCCCUGGAGAGGCUGGGCCCAUCCUGUGCCAGUGCAGGCUGCAAGGAGACGCUGGAGCAGCUGCAGCACAACCUGGCCGUGCUGGCAGCAGCUGUGGAGAGGGCGACCAGUGCUGCAGAGAAGCUGGGGGCUGUGCACCAGGAGGCCAGGAUGAGCCGGGCAGCAGAGGUGAUGGUGCAGCACGUGGAGAACCUGAAGCGGCACCAGCAGCGGGAGCACGCGGAGCUGGAGGAGAUGAAGCGCCUGAUCCAGCAGAACUCCCGCAACCGGCAGCUGGCAGAGAGCCAGGAUGAUGGGGAGCCACGGCUGAGACCUCACCCCCUGAAGAGGACUUUCCAGCAGGGGUCUGCCCGCCGCAGGGUCAGCAUCGCCGUCAUCCCCAAGCAGCUCCUGCCAGGUGCCAGCCCUGAGAGCCGAGCAGCCCCAGCAGGUGACCUGGAGCCAGAGGGUGCCCAGCGCUGGCCCAGCACCCCCAGGAGUGAGCUGGAGCCACAGGGCCAGCACAGCGCCGUGACUGGGAAGCUGGUGGCAGAGGGCAGAGGAUCCGGCACAGGGAACGAGGAGCCAGAGCAGCUUGGGCUGACGUCCAAGGGCUCUGCAGAGGAGCUGUGGCGUCCAUGGCUCUUCCUCCCACAGCACUACUGGGUUUUCUUCUGGCUGCUUCUGCUGAGCAUCGCCUUCCUCCUCCUCGUCCGUGUGCUGGAGCUGCAGAGGCUGCAGCCUGCAGCAUCACCCAAGGCCUAGCUGGACCAGGGAGGGGGAGCUGAGAGCCAUCUCUGCUCCUUCCCCACGGCCCAAAACACCAAACCCCUAGAAUA